AUGCCCGCUAGGGCUGGCGACUACGGCAUCGUGAUCGACGCCGGCUCGUCCGGGACCCGCUUGCGCAUCUUCCGCUGGUGGCAGCAGGCAGGUCGGCGGCUCUACCUGCGGGAAGUGAGCGCCGGAGAGCAGGCGGAGGCGCUGCGGGUGAGGCCGGGCCUGAGCGCCUUUGCGACUACUCCGGAGGUCGCCGCAGCGCAGGUCAGCGGCCUGGUGCGCGUCGCCGCCUCGAUCGUGCCCGCAGCAGCUCAGGCCGCCACGCCCGUCUACCUGUACGCGACGGCGGGCCUGCGGCUGCUGCCCGCCUCGCAGGCGCAGGCGCUGCUCGACACCGUGGGGAGGUUCCUGACCGGGCAGGCAGCGGCGCCGGCGGAGGAGGGGGCCCAUUGCUAA